UUUGAAUCUUCCACAGCCGUUUUAGUUGGCUUAGUAAAAAUUGUUUCCUUGUAGUAUAGUCUUUUCAGCUAAAUUUUGUUGUGAAAUAAUAAAAAUUUCAAAAAAGGGUAUUAAAAAGGCUUCCAAAAUUGUCCUCUUCUUAAAGCCUUAUUUUCCACUAUGAGGGGGGCGUAUACCUAUAGAGAAUAUAAAAAGUCCUGUCGGGAAUCUUGCAGGUAUUACAUAAGAUGUUGCGGUGGAACAGAUUUGAUGGGUCAGCCGUGCGUUUGUUGCGAGUGCCAGAAGAAGAGGGAGCAGGAACCACAGCCGGUUAAGCCUCCGGACAGUGAAACCGUAGAGCGCAAAUGCACUGUGUCCUUUAAGAAGCCUUUGGCGGAUGAAAUUCCCAUCCUUUAUCCUCCCUUUCGGAACAAGGAUAGUGACCCCUUUCCGGCUUGUAAUUCCUGCACUGCUUUUUCUCCUUUUUUAUGUAUAUCGCCGAAAGGAUCCGUCAAACCAAAGAAAUCUGAACCAAGCUGUUCAUGUAGGAGACCCAAAAUUGUUGUUCCCUCAGGGCCAGAGUCCAGAUCUCCGAGUAGGUCCCCGACAUUAUUGCGAAGAGGUAAAUCUUCUGAAAAUGUUCAAAGCAAAAAAAAGGAACAAAAGGAUCGUUCUUCGUCCAAGGAUGCCAAAGACAGCAAGACACCGCCUAGCCGUCCACCACCGCCCUGUUGCCCUCCAGAACCUUGUACCACUUGCCCUUCAAUGAGUGAAAUAUCCAAGGAACUUUGCGAACUAAAAGGCAAGGUGGAGCAUCUGCAGUGCGAGCAGUUGAGCGACAUCCGCCAUCAGUUGGACUGCCUAAAGGCCAACAUGCCGGCCAUAUCGGACUUAUCACAGCAGUUGUGCGACCUGAAACAGAAAUUCGAUGUGGUACAGAAUCAGGACCUGUGCGAAAUUCGCCAACUGAUCGAUUGCCUGAAUGGAAAAAUUCACGGCCUAAGCCAGACAAUUGCGGACAAAAAGGAAUGUUGUUGCCCCACGCUGGUGAGGAAGCCCUCAAGCACCUGCCAGUUUUGUCGGGGAUUGCACUUGCCGCUGCUGGACAGCUUUCGUUGCCAGUUGGCCGAGGCAAUAGGAAGUCGGUGCCUCACAGAUGUGCUUAUGUCAAUCUAUUUGCGAGCCGACAAUAUAUACCACGUGAACAUACGGGACAUGGACACCGGAUGUUCGUUGGGCUGUUUUCUGGUAACCGAUUGUGGCAUAGAGGAAGCUCGAAAGCUGGGUGUUUUCCAACAGAUUCUCACCUUUUGUGUGAUUGACGUGAGAAACACCCUUCCACCCAAAAAGUACCCUAUGGGCAUCACCUUUGAGUUCCAUCAUCCGGAACGGCAAUGCGGUGGCUCCGAUAUACCCGACGAAGCAAAACGAAUGGAGGGAAAAUCAUACAUGGCCAGAGUACUAGGAGUUUCUACAGAUAAAAUGAAGUAUAUAUACUUGUCAGGAUUUGAGGGCUAUGAUCUAGCCACGUUCCAUCGAGAAGACACAUUGUGACGGGAAUGAAGCCGAUUUUUCGUCAUUUUUCCAGGAAUUAUCUUUAAAAGAAGAGAAAUUGAUAUUUUUGCCCUUUAUCUAUAAUCUUUACAGAAUCCUUUAUAGGAAUAUACCAAUUUUAUUAACUACCCUAUUAUUAUAAAUACAUACAUUUUUGAUUAAAAACUUAA